AUGCAUGAAAAUGAAUCAAAAUUAAGUGAGGUUAAUGCUCCUCCUUUAUUUAUUUGUUUUGAUGUUGUGAAUAAAUUACCAAUAUCACUCUAAUCGGUACAUUAUAUUGUAAAUGUCUAACCUGGUUUGGCAAUUGUUGAAAUAUAAUAGAAUUAUAACACAUAGCAUUAUGAAGUUCCAAUUGAAUUAGAAUAUAUGUUUACUAUCUAAAAGGAUUCAGUUGUUAGUAAGAUGGUAGCAGAAUUAGGUGAUAUAAAAGUCUUUGGCAUUGUAAAAGAAUUGAAGGAAGCAAAAAAAGAAUAUCAACAAGGCAUAUAAGCUGGAAAAACUAUGAUUUUAGGUGAAUAGGAUAAAUAAAUAACUGAUUUAAAAAAAGUAAAGAUUGGUUGUUUAGCUCCUGGAAAAUCUUUAAAAAUAACUUUUGAAUAUAUUCAGCCUUUAAAAGUGUAUUUAAAUUAAUUUUGGAUGCUUGAAUUAUCACCAAUGGUAGAUUCAAGUUAUCUUACAGUCUAUUAGUUAAAAAACUAAUCAGUCAAUUAUCCUUAAUUAUAUAAUUAAAUAUAAAAAAGUGUGAAUUUUCAAGGUCUCUAAUAAAACUAUUAAUAAGAUAUCACAAUAAAUAUUAAUUUAUAGAAACCUAUAACAUUUGUAAAGUCUCCAACCCAUUAAAUUUUAAUUAAUAAUGAUGAUAAUUAAUUUGUCAAAGAAAACUUUACAAAAAAUUAAAUAAUCAUUCUUGAUAAAAAAUAUCCAAAUAACUUUCUCCCAAAUAAAAAAUUUGAGCUGUUAUUUUCAUCUGAUGAUGUCAAUUCACCUCAUUCUUUUCUUACUCAUACUAAUAAUGAUGCCUUAUAACAUAUUAAAUAUUGUGCUACCUUAACAUUAAUACCAAAAUUUAAUGAAGUACCUUUGGAUGAUGCUUAUUCAUCAUACAUAAAUGGGUUAAAUUUAUCUUCAGAAACAAAAAUAAAUAGAGGAAAUUAUUAUUUUUUUAUUGAUAGAAGUGGUUCGAUGGAAGGGUAAAGAAUAUAGAAAGCAAAGCAAUCAUUAAUUUUAUUCUUAAAAAGUUUACCAGAAAAUAGUUUAUUUAAUGUUAUAUCUUUUGGAAGUUAACCGAAAAGAAUGUUUGAAAAAUCUUAAGUUUAUAAUUAGAAAUCUUUAAAUGAAGCAAUUUCUUAAGUAAAUUCUAUGGACGCAGAUUUAGGAGGAACUGAUAUUUUUUCAGCAUUGAAGAAUGGCAUUUAUAAUGAUAAAGAUAGUAAAAGUCAUUUAGAAACUUAUAAUGCUUUUUUGUUGACUGAUGGAGAAGAUUCUCCAGAAAAAAUUUUAAAUUUGGUUCAAAAUUAAACUAAAUCUAAUUUUAGGAUCUAUACAUUAGGAAUUGGAGAUGGAUGUAGUUAGUAUUUAUUAAAAAAUAUUGCAGAAAUUGGAAAUGGUAAAUGUCAAUUUGUCGCAGAUAAUGAAGAUAUUAAUGUUAAAGUAAUUGAUUUGUUAGAAGAUUCUAUGACUUAAUAUUUGGAGGGAUUUAAGUUAGAAUUACCAGAAAUUAAUAUUUCAUAAAUUAUUCCUGAUCCAGAAUCAAUCACUGCUAUAAAAAAAAAUGAAGAAUUAGUUAUAUAAAUAUUAUUUCCAACUCCAAUCUAAAAUUCACUAGACUUUCAGAUUAAAUGUUUUGACCCUUAGAAAUAAACACAAAUAUCUUACAAAUUCGAAUUGAAAAUAAAUGAAUCAUAGUAGUAAGAUUACUUUCAUAAACUUGCAGCUCAUAAAUUGAUAAAUUAUUAUGAAUAUUCUUUAUAAAACAGAAUAAAUUAAGUCAAUAAGAUAAAGGUCAAUUAAGUUACAUUCAAUAAUGAAGAUAUCAUCAAUUUAUCAAUAUAAAAUUAAAUUUUAUCCAAAAACACAGCUUAUAUUUGCUAAAUCUGUCAUUUGGAAGAUGAAUUUAAAUAAUUAAUUAAAGAAAAAAUAUUCUAUCAAAAUCAAACUUUUCAAGUAUAAUAAUUGAGAAAAGGUUUAGAUUACUCUAUUUAAUAACGUAUAGAUUUAAACCCAUCAUUUGUUAUGAAUAAGCUAGGUUGUUUAGAUAUAUAAUGUUGUAUUGAUGAUGAAGAGUGUUAUGAAUAAUAAUAAUGUUGUAUGGAUUUAAAGUUAGGCAGUAUAUAACAAAAUAUGUGUAUGGAUAGAGAAGAUUUAGAUUCAUAUGAGAAAAAGAGUUGUAAAAGUCCUUCGAUAGAUUAAGAUGAUUAACCGCAAAAACUAAUGGAAUUUGAGUAAAUGUAGGAACGAAGCAGUCUUAAUAAUAUCAUUAUUCCAAAUAGUUAAGAAACUGCUGUUGUAAUAAAUUAUAUUGAUUUAUUAUAAUGUGUUUAGGCAGAUGGAAGCUUUAUUUUAAACAAAAAGUUUGGUGAUUCAAUCAAACUCAGCAGCUUAAAUAAUGAUAAUCAUUAUGAAGAAAUUUUAUGGACAACAAUUAUUGCUCUAUUUUAUUUAGAAUUGCAUUGUAUAAGUGAUAAAGCCUCAUGGUAAUUAAUUUAUUAAAAAGCAAUUUUAUUGUUAAAGAAAAAUGGGUUAGAUUACUUUAAGAUAAAAACAGAGUAUUAUAAUAAUUAUUAAAAAUUGUUUGAAGUUUCUAAUUGA